AUGAGCUCGGCCCUCAUAGACUCACCCUACCGCGCUCUCCUGCUGGAGGGUGUUGAUCCAGCAGCAAAAGAGCUGCUGGAGUCGAAAGGCUGCACCGUGGAAGCUAUUCCUAGCGCUCUGCCACAUGACGCUCUGUUGGAGAAGAUCAAGGACGUGCACUUUCUUGGCAUCCGCAGCAAGACACGCGUGACUCGGGAGUUGCUUGAUGCGGCACCCCAGCUUCUCGCAAUUGGCUGCUUCUGUAUCGGAACAAAUCAAGUGGACUUGGAUUAUGCAAACAAGCGAGGUGUGGUGGUGUUCAACUCUCCGUUUGCAAACACCCGCAGUGUUGCUGAGCUUGUGAUCGGUGAGGUUAUCGCCUUGUCGCGAAAGAUUACGCAGCGCAGCGAGGAGGUGCAUCAGGGUGUGUGGCGCAAGACUCACCUGGGUUGCUACGAAGUGCGCGGUAAAACUAUUGGCAUUAUCGGCUACGGGCAUAUCGGCUCGCAAGUUGGUGUACUUGCUGAGGCCCUCGGCAUGAACGUAGUCUUUUACGAUGUUGUUCCGACACUCGUGAUUGGCAAUGCCACUAAGGUCGUCCAUAUAAAUGAUUUACUCACUUUUUCCGAUUUUGUGACCAUUCAUGUGCCGGAGACAGAUAUUACCAAGGGUAUGAUUGGGGAGGAGCAGAUCCAAUUGAUGAAGAAGGGCUCCUACUUAAUCAAUGCUAGCCGCGGAACGGUUGUUGACCUUGAGGCAUUAGCAAAGGCUCUUCGUGAAGGACAUCUCGCCGGCGCUGCCAUCGAUGUGUACCCGGAGGAACCAAGGGCAAACAAUGAGCUACAUGUGACACCGCUGCAAGGUAUUCCCAACGUUAUUCUGACUCCCCAUGUGGGUGGGUCGACCUGCGAGGCGCAGAAGGCCAUCGGUGUGGAGGUAGGUUCGGCGCUUGCUCUGUUCGUGACUAGUGGCAGUACCGCUGGUGCCGUCAACUUCCCGCAGCUUGUUCCACCGCCGGUGGCCAAGCAGAACUUUCGUCUCACCAACGUUCACGUGAACGUACCUGGUGCGCUGAAGGACAUCAACAAAAUUGCGCUGGAUUUGGACUGCAACAUUGGUAUGCAGUUUCUGGCGACCAGCAAAGCGAUCGGUUACCUGAUCAUGGAUGUUGACAAAGACGUUGCUGCUGAGUUGCGGAAGCGCAUUGCCGAGCUCAAGUGCAGCAUUUGCACGCUGAUUAUUCGGUAG